UCUAUACAUAAAUAUUUAGCUGCGGCACAGCUACAGGGUAACUUUACAGCAAGGUGAAGCAUAAGGAUCCCUGCAUGUACUUCUUGGCCACACUAAGGAAACAAAGAGCAGGAAGGAUAACACUGCAAUCGGCACAACAGCAGGGUUUCUGCCGGAGCAGGUCGGGAUUUCCUGCCUGUGCAAGGAUUCUCUGCUUUCUGGACCAAUAAGGGAAAAAAAGAGAAGAGGAAGAAGAGUGCUGGGUGGUGGCCGAGAGGAAGAUCUGGGAGUGACCCUACUGUCCAUCAGGAGGUCCGCGGUUCAGGAGGGUCUUUACCUACAGCGGCCGUGGCAAUGAACUAGUUUGCAAGUCGACCCGGCUCUAAAGGGAAGGAGUUCUACUGUUACCCAGAAUUCAAAGCAAGAUCCAGAAAGCAGGCGUUUACCAGUGUUUGCUGUGAAGGAACCAUGAGCUAAUGCUGGCAUUUAAGUUAUUUCCAAGGUGCACAUUUGCCCGCCUUUGAGGAGCUCUGACAUGGAUGCCAGGUGUGCUGACGCUCAGACAUAUUGACGGAGCCGGGAAAGGACGUCAUUAUUUCAAGCAGUUGACUGUUUCCUGAUGAAAGCAAGAUACAUAUGAAUGCUCGGCGUGGGUGUGCGCCGGAUGUCGCGUCAGGGCUGAAGCCCCGCCACCCUCCCUCCCAUGAGCCCGUGUGCCCGGACACACACACCCGGCGCCCACGCACGCACCCGCCAGCCCAGCCGAGACCGCUCGGAGCCUGAAGGAUGUCGGCGGAGACGGAGCUGCAGCCGGCGGUCCGGCCUGGAAGCCUCAGGCGGGACUCCAGGAGGAAAGGGCAGGAUCGCAGCGAGGCGACUCUCAUCAGGCGCUUUAAGGGCGACGGCGUCCGCUACAAGGCUAAGCUCAUCGGCCUGGACGAGGUCAUGGCGGCCCGCGGAGACAAACUCUGUCAGGACUCCAUGAUGAAGCUCAAGGGUAUCGCUGCAGCGGCGAGGUCCAAAGGAGAACACAAGCAGAAAGUCUUCCUGACUGUUUCCUUUGGAGGGAUCAAGAUCUUUGAUGAGAAGUCAGGGGUUCUGCAACACCACCACGCCGUCCAUGAGAUAUCCUACAUUGCCAAGGACAUCACGGACCACAGAGCGUUUGGCUACGUCUGCGGAAAGGAAGGCAACCACCGCUUUGUGGCCAUCAAAACAGCGCAGUCGGCAGAACCAGUGAUCCUGGACCUUCGGGACUUGUUCCAGCUCAUCUACGAGAUUAAGCAGCGUGAGGAGAUGGAGAAGAAGGCCCAGAAGGACAAACAGUGCGAGCAGGCCGUCUACCAGACGAUACUGGAAGAAGAUCUGGAGGAUCCAGUCUACCAGAACGGACAUCAAAGCACCCAUCAUCAACAACUUCAUCAUCAUCAACAUCAUCCUCAUUCUCAUCCACAAAUCUCCCAGGCAGGACUAAGCGAACAUCCGGAGCUUCAGCAUCAGCAGGCGAAUCUCAUAGACUUAGACCUGGAAACGGUUUCUCAGAACAUCAACCAAUUAGAGCUUUUCGGAGACAUGUCCACACCUCCCGACAUAACCUCGCCGUCGACUCCAGCCUCACCUGCUAACACGCUGGACCCGUUGCAGGGCCUGCAGCCUCCCACUGAGCUCUUUGCUCCCUUCAACCCUGCGUCUGUGCCCUCAGGUUAUGUGACAAUGGGGGCGGUUCCCUCCGGACACUGGUCCCAGCAGUUUGCCACCCAGACGCCGCUGGCCUUCGGGGUACAGUCCCCACUCGGCCCGGUGGCACAGGUGCUGCCGAGCGGCCAGCCUCUCAUCUGGGGGCAGGCAAACAUCUUCCCCGCCACCCAGCAACAGUGGGCGGCCAUGGCGGCCGGCGCCUUUCCUCCCACAGCCUACCUCCCUGCUCAGCCCGUGGGCACCCUGCCCGCCGCCAUGUUCCAAACAAUCACCCCCGUCUCCGCCGUUACGCCGGCAGGCGAUAGCCAAUCAGGUGCGGGCGCUCCAACUCUCUCCGCGUCAUCGAGUCCGCAACAUGAGGAGCGGGCGAAGAAGAUGAGCAAGGAGAUGUUUAAGGACUUUCAGCUGGCAAAACCGCCAGCGAUGCCGUCAAAGAAGGGCGAACAGCAGCCCAGCUUAGCGGGCACCUCGGAGGCAUUCACUUCUUACUUCAGCCGCGUCGGCACCGCCCAGGACACGGACGACUGUGAUGACUUUGACAUCUCCCAGAUGAACCUGACGCCGGUCACCUCCACGACGCCCUCCACCAACUCUCCCCCCACACCAGCUCCCCACCAGAGCUCGCCCUCCAAAUCUCCCGCCUCGCACGUCAGCGAUCCACCCACCGAUGCCACUGACCCACCCACCGACGACUCGUUCGGGGAAGCUGAGGGCAGCCCGAGCCGUAGCGGAGAGGAAGAUGUCGCUUGCGGUUCUGGGUCCCCUUGUCCCAGUGAGCCAACAGGGCCCGGCCCAGACCGGGCCAGUCCAGAGCCUGGGAGCUAGAGAGCAGCAGGGGCACGAAGGCGAAGGACCCUCUGUACGCUCGCAUCAACAAAGGGAAGAAAUAGAGGCCCGGACCAGCACUGAGAAAACUGGAGGAGGGACAGCCCCCCACCCCAUCCCUGCCCUAACCCAACUUGAUUGUAUGUGUGUGUUUGCUGACUGACUGCAGGCAGGCCAGCUAACCCCCUGCUCCCCUGCCCCACAAAUGGACUACCCCUUCCUAACUGGCUUUCCUCCUCCAUCUUUACCGUCCGUGUGGACUCGGUCGCAGAGGCCCGUCGUUGCUUUGACUCGGGUGCAGGAACAAACUCUCUGGGAGCUACUCACUCGCCAACCACACACACAUUUACAUGCAUACGACUGGCCCAAGCAGUCUCCUGGCAGACUGAUUUCACAGGAUCAGAUCAACUAUGAAGAGACGCUCAUGAUCUAUAGUUUUUUUGUACAAUACUAACGACGGGAAGAAGUAACCAAGAGCCAAUUGAAAGGAAACAUUGUGAUUUUUUUUUUUUGGAGGGGGGGUGGUAUUAUUUUAUAAUUCACUCAAGCCACAAUGUGGGGUUGAACUCUGGAGAGGGCGCUGUAGAGUGGCUUUCAAGGCAUUAUGGAUCAUCCGCCAUUUUGUAAAUAAACUCGAGCCACCAUCAGCACCGCGUUGGAUGCCUGCGCCAUCAAAUAGGGAGGUGUCCACUUAUGCAAAUCUCGAAUUCCGCGCAAUAGCCAUGUGCAUUUUCUAGCCUUUGUUCAUUUGCUAGCACCCACGGUCAGCCACUCGUUCUCUCGUGAAUUACGAGCGCACCGAUUUACCGCUUUGUGGUCGCACAGCAUCCAGAGUUGUUCUCACAAUUUAAAGUACAAAUAAUGUGAGUUUGGGGCUCAUUUGCGGAAGGAAUUGAUCUCAAAACACAAGGCACCACUCUACAGUGGAACAUCUAAGGGCAAAUUCUCUAUUUGGACUUUAAUUCCAGCCGUGAAAGAAUGCGUGUGAUUGGCCGUUUUUGUUUUAAUGUUUAUUGGGGGUUUUGGUGUGGAGUAUAUCCUAAAAUGUAUUUUAAAUUUUUUUAACUGUCAGGUUAGCGGACAUGAAAAAUAGGAUGAUUAAAUCCUUGACGUUAAAUUGCAUUGGCAUGUUUAGCCAAACAGGCUGCACACAAAAGUUUGAAGGACCCAUGUUUCAAAUUUAACAGGAGUUGGCCAUUUUAUACCUGAUUAUGAAAGUGUAUUGCUGUCACACCAGACAGAAACAAAUACGGUCAGUUUUUCACAUUCAAACGACUUGAUUAAUUUGAUGUUUUAAUGCAAUGAAUUUCACAAGAGAACGUGAUACAUUUUCAAGCACUACACCAUAGACCUGCACGAGAAAAAAAAUGGUAGCAAUUUAUUUGAAUGUUUCUUAUGACAUUGUCAUAAAUCUGUCAUAAUCAUGACACCUGUUCAUGAACAUAAAUUAGGGAGUGAAGUCCCUAACCCCAACCUCAAAUUUUCAUCAAAAGUGACAAUAUACUGAAUGACACUUAAUUACAUAUGCCAUAAGCAUUCCUAUUCAUGACAGGUGUCAUGUCAGGCUUAUGCCAGUUUUAUGGCACUGUCACAAGAAGCAUUCAAAUCAAGUGUAACUAAGCAUUUUGUUUUGCCAAGUGUGGAAGUAAAAAUGUAUUUUUAAAGGUGCACAGUGUAGGAUUUGCUCUUCAAUUUUUCAUGAAAUGGCCAUAAUAUUUCAAUAGAUAUUUAACAUGUUUUUUGGAAAUACUUCCAAAACAGAUCUCAAUGGUAAAGCGGAGAUUUUCCCAUUUUAAAAGACGAUUUACACGUCGCAAAUUUGUUCCUGUUUUGCUUCCGUGUUCAUCAGCCAAUCACAAGACCAGUUUCCAGUCUUCGUCAGGGUUGCCACAGCUCUGUGCGCCCCGUAUUCUACGGCUGAGCCAACUUUGACAAACAGUGUGCAUUAUGUCUACCACUCAAGUAAAAAAAUAUAUAUAUAUUUUUUAAAUGUAACAAAUCUCAAAGGAUUCUAGACAACCAGAGACGUAAAACAAGGAUUUGCGUGGUCAUGCUAGUUGGUAAUUGAAAUUAAAAUGGAUGGAGCAAUGAAAUCGUUUAUGUGGAUACUGUCAAUGCAUUAGCAAAUUAUAUUUUUUGCCAGUCAGCAUAUACAUUGAGAAAAGUAGCCCUUCCUCACUUAGGUCAUGGUGACAUAAACUAACUUGCACCUCGUGUCACGGUUCUUUUAAUCGUCAUUACUAAAUGUUGACAUUAUUACAUUGAAAACAUUUUGCAUGAAAAUUAAAAAUAAGAUAUACCUUCUGCAAGUUCUCCAAUGUGAGGGCAUUUUGUGCUAGUCAAUAUUUUUGAUUGAGUUGCUGUACCAUUUUUGGAAAUCAAUCCUACAUUGUGCACCUUUAACGUGAAAUUUCUCACAUUGAAAAGUGACGUUUGUCAUGUUCAAAAGCAACACUUAGCUUAUUAAAACUGGAAUUUUACCAUGUUAAGUCAUUCACGGUCAUUGGUACUGUUAGACAUCAAAUUCAUUUGAACUGGGAUGGUUUGCACUUGGCGACCAUUUUAACUGCUAAUGGCAGCAAUGGAAGGAAAAAAAAAAAAGGAUUACAACUAUUUUCAUCAUGUGACACUAACUUCACAUGCUAACGUAAAACUUGUUAAAACUCAUCAUUCAAAUCAGUCAUUAAACUCAUCAUUAAACAGUUGCAUUAAAACCUGAAAAGUAUUAUUCUCAUUUGAAUUUAUUCACGCUGAAAUGUGAAAGUUAUAUUAAAUCAUGAAACUCUCAAUAGUCUGAACAAAAAAAUUCUCUUUAAGUAGUGAAACUUUUCAUGUUAAAAUUCUGAACUUUUCUUUAUUCUGGUGUGACCACAAUAAGAAGACACAAAUCUUUGCUGCUUGUAUGGUUAUUUCUGCUUUUCACUUAGAUUGCUGUAAGGAAAAUCCCUUUUGAAGUAAUAAUGUACAUUGGAAACGAAACAUUGUUACCCAGCAUCCAUUUCAACAGGUUUCACAUCUUCAUGCGGCGUCUCCCUGUUUCAUGGCCCCAGAGUCUUCCUCACGUCAUUCUUUUGGGACCCUAAUGAUGAUGAUGAUGAUGAUUAACAAGCUGUUCUAGAGCGCGACUUACACGAAACAGUGAACGGGAACAUUUCUAGAUUUUACCUCAACUAACAGUUUCUUAAUGUAAAUGACAUUAUUUUUAUCUUUAUGAAUAUAUGGCAUUCUACAGUGGGGUUUUUAACAUGAUUUUUUUCUCUUCAGUUUGGAUUCUCUUAAUUUCCAUAUACCAACCAUGUAUUACUGUUCCAAAUAAACAAAUCCCGAUGACA